AAAAAAAUUAAAAAGGAAGACGGAAAAAUUACUUCCGGUAUACUUCUUGUUUCUGUUGCUCAGCAGUGUUGUGAUAUUUUUGGACUUCAUUUUUAAAUAAGAUGGCACCCAAACGCUUGGCGUCUUCGAAGGCUCCCCCUGUCGAACCGAAGCGCCGGAGAAAAAUGCUCACUAUCGUUGAAAAGGUGGAACUCCUCGACAUGUUGAAGUUAGGUCAAAGCUACACGAGUGUCGGCCGCCAUUACGGAAUCAACGAGUCGACAGUUCGCUACAUAAAGAAGGACGAAAAAAACAUCAGGGCGACGGCAGCGAUUACUCUUAAUAAGAACGCGAAGAGGGUGGUGACGCCGCGGAAUAAGACAAUUGUGAAGAUGGAGUCUGUACUGGCGGUGUGGAUCAGUGAAUGCAAGAUGAAAAAUAUCCGGCUCGACACCAACAUCAUCCGCACGAAGGCAAAGAAGCUUUAUGAAGAGUUUGUUAAAAGUGAAUAUGUUCCCGACGCCGCCGAGGAAGGUACGUCCUCUGCGUCGAAGAUUCCGUUUAAUGCCAGCAAGGGUUGGUUCGACAAGUUCCAGAAACGGUUUAAGAACGUUUCUCUACGCGGAGAAGCUUUCUCGGCAGAUAAAGCCGCAGCGGAAGAGUUUGUCCACAACACAUUUAAAACAUUUAUCGAGGAAGCGGAUAAAGCCAGGGCCGAGGAAUUCGUCCGAAACACCUUUAAAACUCUAAUCAAGGAAAGAAGCUACCAGCCUGAACAAGUUUUCAACAUGGCCGAAACUGGUUUAUUUUGGAAGCGAAUGCCGUCUCGCACUUUUAUUAUGAAGGAGGAAGCCAACGCUCCUGGAUUUAAGGCUAAAAAAGAUCGUUUGACUUUAGUUAUGUGUGGGAAUGCUGCCGGAUUUAUGAUAAAGCCAGGGCUUGUUUAUAAAUCCGAAAACCCAAAGGCCCUGAAAAAUAAGAAUAAAAACGUGUUGCCUGUGUACUGGAUGCAUAAUCCAAAGGCCAGGAUGACAAACUCACUUAUCUCAAAUUGGUUCCACCAGUGUUUUAUACCGGAAGUCCGAUUGUAUCUAGCUGAGAAAGGACUCGAAUUUAAAGUACUUUUGCUCUUGGACAAUACUGAAGGCUACACUGUUGAUGUGUCAUUUGAUGGCGUGCAGAUAGAGUUCUUGCCCCCAAACACCACCUCGCUAAUUCAGCCCAUGGAUCAAGGUGUUAGUCUUGCAUUUAAAGCUCUUUACACACAAAGUAUCCUGCAAAACCUUGUCGAUGCAAAGGACUCUGACGAGAACUUCACACUAAAAGCGUACUGGCGUGACUACACCAUUGCGUCGUGUCUCCUAAAUAUACAGAGAGCCGUAAGCGAGAUCAAGAGUGAAACAUUAAAUUUGUGCUGGAAAAAGAUGUGGCCGGAAGUGGCGGACGACAAGGGAUUGACUCCUGAUGAAGUCCAUCGCUGUGCAGUGGACAAGGUGGUGAAGCUGGCAAAAAUACUGGGAGGAGAGGGCUUCAAUGACAUGACUGCUGAUGACGUAAAUGAGCUGAUGGACGCCCACUCGCAACCUUUGUCGGAUGAAGACCUGAGGGAAUUGAUGUCAGCGAGCGAGGAAGAGGAACAGGAACGGGAGGAACAGGAACAAGAGGAAUUAGGCACUGAUGAAGAAGAGGAGGUUGGUCUGACACUGGAUCGCCUCGCAGCCUUGGUCAGAAUGGCCAAAGAACUGCAGCAGAUGGCACAAGAAUGGGACCCCCACAUGCUUCGUUCGCUGCAGUUUUCAAAUACCAUCGAGGGUGGCAUGACUGUUUAUAAAAACCUCCUUGCUCAGAUGAAGAAGCAGCAGCAACAACUGCCUAUCACUAUGUUAAUCACACAGAAGAGGUCUUCAUCAUUUGCCGUGUCACAGGUGCCGCCAUCAUCAUGAGGUCACAUUGCUGUCAUCUUGCGGCGGUAUUGAAGACCGCUCAAGAUGAGAGCUGAGGAAGAACAAAGAGCUGCAGCGCAGGACCAAAAUUGUUUCUGAAACUUUCUUUCAAAGAAUGUAGGGAGUACUUUUUGAUAAGUACAAAACGGACACGUAAAUGUUUUUUUAGGAUUAUUGAUUAUACACCAUCAACUGUCCAACCAACCAGAGUAUAAUGUAAUUUGAGGGACAAUACUAUUCAAAGUGCAGUACACCAGAGGGAAAAUUUGGUACACGCUUUGUAGGUAAUGUAAGGAUAAGUUAUGAAUUGUUUGAAUUAUAAGUGAAAUGUCCAUCCAUCCAUGGGUGUUUGAAUUAUAAUUGAUGAUAUAUGAUGUGUAUUGUGUUUGCUAAGACUAACACAGCACAAUAACACUGCUCCCCUUUCUUCCCAGGAGGUGAUCAAAGGGUUGGAUCAAAUGCAGAGGACAAAUUUCACCACACCUAGUGUGUGUGUGUGUGACAAUCAUUGGUACAUAAACUUACCGUAUUUUCCGCACUAUAAGGGACACCUAAAAACCUCAAAUUUUUUCAAAAGCUGACAGUGCGCCUUAUAAUCCGGUUUCACCUUAUAUAUGGACCAAUAUUGAGCCACAACAGGUCUCGCAACUACGGUAAGCAGCCCCCGACUUAAUUUUCCCCCGUGGAAGAAGUGCGCUUCUUCUACGAUAAGCCGCCGUCGUCUUAAUUUGCAUGUGUGCCUUUAAGUUGUAGUGCCGACCAAACGUUUUAGCACACAGUAAACAGGAAAAGGUUUUUCCUCCUGUGUGUGUUCUCAAGUGUUUCACCCUGUUUGGCUUUGAAGAGUAUCCUUCAUCGCACACUGAGCAUUUGAAAGGUUUUUCUCCAGUGUGCGUUCUCUCGUGUUCCAUUAAAGGCCUACUGAAAUUAGAUUUUCUUAUUUAAACGGGGAUAGCAGGUCCAUUCUAUGUGUCAUACUUGAUCAUUUUGCGAUAUUGCCAUAUUUUUGCUGAAAGGAUUUAGUAGAGAACAUCCACGAUAAAGUUCGCAACUGUCGGUGUUAAGACGAAAGCCCUGCCUCUACCAGACGUCGCAAGUGUGGGGGCUCCUCACAUGUUCACAUUGUUUUUAAUGGGAGCCUCCAACAAAAAGUGCUAUUUGUACCGAGAAAACAACAAUUUCCCCAUUAAUUUGAGCAAGGAUGAAAGAUUUGUGUUUGAAGGUAUUGAUACCGACGGACUAAAGAAAUAAAAAACGCAAAUGCAUUGGGACAGAUUCCGAUGUUUUAAACACAUUUACUAUGAUAAUUUUGGGAAAUCCCUUAUCUUUCUAUUGUGUUGAUAGCGUUUGAGUGAGUUAAAUAGUACCUGAUAGUCGGAAGGGUGUCUCCACGGGUGUGUUGACGCGCAGUGUCUCAGGGAAGUCGACGGCAGCUUCAAUGGACGGCCCAAGCUCAGCUUUUCUCCGGUAAGAAGCGACUUUUUAACCACAAUUUUCUCACCGAAACCUGCUGGUUGACAUUUGGUCUGGAUCCAUGUUCUCUUGACUGUGCUCUGAUCCAUAGUAAAUGUUCAUCUCCUGGAAUUUUGAACAAGGAAUCACCGUGUGUUUGUGUGGCUAAAGUUAAAGCUUCCCAACUCCAUCUUUCUACUGGUACUUCUCCAAUAUUAAUUGAACAAAUUGCAAAAGAUUCAGUAACACAGAUCCCCAAAAAACUGUAUAAUUAUGCCGUUAAAGCAGACGACAUUUAGCUGUGUGUGUGCGUAGCGCUCAUACUUCCUAAAAACGCGUGACGUCUUGUGUACACGUCAUCAUUAGACAUUUUCAAGACGAAACUCCCGGGAAAUUUAAAAUUGUAAUUUAGUAAACUAAAAAGGCUGUAUUGGCAUGUGUUGCAAUGUUAAUAUUUCAUCAUUGAUAUAUAAUCUAUCAGACUGCCUGGUGGGUAGUAGUGGGUUUCAGUAGGCCUUUAAAGAGACCUUUGUGAUCAAUGCUCUUCCACAUAUUAAGCAACCAAAACGUUUUUUUCCUGUGUGUGUCCUCUAGUGAUUCACCAUAAUUGACCUGGUCGAAAAUCGUCUGUUACAAGCCGGGCAACUGAAAGGUUUUUCUCCUGUGUGCGUGCGCACAUGGGCCGUCAAGCCACUGUGCUGUGUAAAAGUUUUAGCAUGAAAUGAGCAUGAAUAAGGUGUUUCUCCCGUAUGCGUUCUCAUGUGUGUUUCCAUCAUUGACUUUCUAGAGAAACAUUUACCACAGACUGAGCAAACAAAAGGUUUUUCUCCUGUGUGCGUUGUUCUGUGUUUUACCAAAAUAUAAUUUCGUGAAAUUUUUUGACAACAAACUGAGCAGCUAUAGUGUUUCUCCUCUUUAUGUGCCCGCAUGUGUCAGGUCAAGUCAUACUUGUGAGAAAAGCUUUUAGCACAAACUGAGCAAGUAAAGCAAUUUUUAACUGCCUUAUUUUCAGAACAUUCAGAGUUUUUAUAGUAGUUGGGAGUCCUCAUAUCACCUUUAAAGUCUGCAUUGCUGCUCAUAGUUUCCUGGGUCUCGUCCCUGUCUUUGUCCUCAGGAGAUUGUGACGUAUCGUCACGAUCGAAUAGUGGAGCUAAGAGUUUGCCUGCUUGUGAUGUUCUUCUCAGUUAGACUGUGAUGAAGCUGUGAGGACUUGAUUACUUGGUCUUCACAAUCUUCAAUCCUCACAGAGACAACAGUCACUGGCAAGUUGGGAGUAUCAGCCUCCUCCUCCAGCCCUGGAAGACACUCUACCUCCUAAGUAAUGCAGAGUUCCUCUUCUUGUUUAAUCUGGGCAGGCUGUGGAACUUUUUUGUUUAUAGGUGGAGCUUUCCCACUGCAGUCCAUCUUGAGGACAAAUCAACGGUUGGACGUCUACAGGACAAACAUUUACAUAUUAAAAUAUUUUGACAUAUGAUUGGCAACACUUAAUUGGCCCUAGUGUGUGAAUGUUGUCUGUCUAUCUGGUGUUGGCCCUAUUAAACAUUACUAACACAUUUACACUAUAGUAGUUAUACAAAAUGUUUGUUAUACAAACGAGUGGGACACGUUUGGGGUGAUUUGGUGGAGGUUGGUGGUGUGGGUGACAUCAUUAGUAAGAACAUGUAUGUUAUUAGGUAUGUUAGGUUAGGGAGGUGUGUGCCCCCACACAAAAAGGGGAUUGCAAAGAUAAUUUCUUACAAUUUAUGCAUUUCCGGAAAUGUGAUGACACAUUGUUUUUGCUAAUAUUAAACACACACAGAAUAUUACAGCACGUGAGCAUCACACAGGUCUUGAUUGUGUAAAACAACUAGGGCUAGGCGAUAUAUCGGGGGUUUGUCUCUGCAGUAUAGAAAAUUACUAUAUUGUGAUAUUCGAGUAUACGCUCUCGCGUGAGAGCGUAUACUCGAAUAUCACAAUACGAUAUAACAAUAUAACAACUGCGUAGUUGCUUUAAGCUGCGGGCAUUACACUACAGGCGUUUCUUCCUCUUUUUGUCUGUCCUCAGAGAGACUUAAAAGAAGCCUACCUUCUUACAUACGUCACAUAUGCAACGUCACACAUUUGACACUUAUUGAAAUAUCUUCUGUGACAUCAUGCACAAAAGUGCACUUUAUUUGUUUUAAACUUUUGUAGUGAUGUUCUGUACAAAAAGUGCACUUUCAUUUAGCGUUGUUUUGAUAUGUCAUCUUGGUAACAUAAUGCAAAAAAGUACACUCAUAGCUUGUUUUUAAAAUGUCUCUGACAAUUUUUCACUUUUUGUUUUGGAAAUGACAUGAAUGUUGGUGCCCCUGCUUAAUAACUGUUUAAUAAAUACAGUUUUGGUAAAUUGA